AUUGAGAAUCAUGUCUGGACGAGGCAAAGGAGGUAAAGGUCUGGGAAAAGGAGGCGCUAAGCGUCACCGUAAAGUUCUGCGUGAUAACAUCCAGGGUAUUACCAAACCCGCUAUCCGUCGUCUUGCUCGUCGUGGUGGAGUUAAACGUAUCUCCGGUCUGAUCUACGAGGAAACCCGAGGUGUGUUGAAAGUGUUCCUCGAGAAUGUGAUCCGUGAUGCCGUUACAUACACCGAACACGCCAAGAGAAAGACCGUGACUGCUAUGGACGUGGUGUACGCGCUGAAACGACAGGGACGUACUCUUUAUGGGUUCGGCGGUUAAACGUCUUUGACCAAU